UAAAUUCCACUUUCAAACUCACAUAAAUGUAUUUAUAUCAUCUCUCUCUCCCCCCAUGUCUACAUCUCCCACUCUGCAACAGCUGAGGGAAGAAGAGCCUUGAGAAGGAGAACCGAAUCCUUUCCUUCACCCUCACGCCUCCCUUACCCUCCUCUUAAAGCUCUCUGUUUUUCCCCCUGCAUUCCAUCUAAUAAAAACAUCAGAAUUCACCAAGUUGGCACACUUCCAUUUAACUUUCCGUUGACGCCCCCUGACACUCUUUUCAAUCUUCAACACGCUCACCCUUUAAAUUCUCACCUCACCUCUCUCCCCCAAUACAAAUAGCUUUCAAGACCAACACUAGAGGAAAGACUCGAGAGAAACACAACCCAGAGAAACAGAGUUUUUAAGAGUGAAAAAAGCAGGGGAAGUAAAAAGAUAGAAACAGAGUGUGUGAUAGUGAUAGAGAGAGAGAUUUUUUUUUUCUGGUCAUGGGUACUUGUAGAGAAGAAGAGACGCCACUGAAAUGUGUUUGGGUGCACGGACCCAUCAUCGUGGGAGCUGGUCCUUCGGGUCUAGCUGCCUCUGCUUGCCUAGCAGAGAAAGAAGUUCCUUCACUUGUCCUUGAGAAGAGCAAUUGCAUAGCCUCUCUUUGGCAGUACAAGACCUACGAUCGUUUAACACUUCAUCUCCCCAAGGAGUUCUGUCAACUACCUCUCAUGGGCUUCCCUGACGAUUUCCCAAAGUACCCAUCAAAGCAGCAGUUCGUCUCUUACAUGGAGUCCUAUGCAUCACACUUCUCCAUCAAACCCAGGUUCGGUCAGUCUGUUGAGUCAGCCGAGUUCGAUUCGAGCUGUGGGUUCUGGAGGGUUCGGACCCAGAACAUGGAAUACCUCUCUCGAUGGAUCAUCGUUGCCACCGGAGAGAACGCUGCGCCGGUAGUUCCUGACAUUCCAGGGAUGGAUAGGUUCCAUGGCCCUGUCAUUCACACCAGCGUCUAUAAAUCUGGUGCAGACUUUCGAAACCAGAAGGUCUUGGUUGUUGGUUGUGGUAAUUCCGGCAUGGAAGUCUGCUUAGAUCUCUGCAGUCAUAAUGCAAGCCCUCAUAUGGUUGUUAGAAACACUGUCCAUGUUCUACCGAGGGAGAUGUUUGGAUUGUCAACAUUUGGGGUAGCUAUGGCUCUUCUCAAAUGGAUUCCCUUGAGACUGGUAGACCAGUUUCUUCUACUUGUGGCUAACUUUACCUUGGGCAACACAGAACGGUUAGGCCUUCGAAGACCCAAAACAGGGCCGAUUGAACUCAAGAACGUGACGGGUAAAACCCCGGUACUCGAUGUAGGAGCUCUAUCACAAAUCAAAACCGGCAAAAUCAAGGUGAUGGAGGGUGUGAGGGAGAUAACGAGAAGUGGGGCUAAGUUUGUGGAUGGACAGGAAAAGGGGUUCGAUUCAAUAAUCUUAGCGAGUGGUUAUAAGAGCAACGUACCUUCUUGGCUCAAGAGUGAUUUCUUCACGGAGGAAGGCAUGCCUAGAACCCCAUUUCCUAACGGAUGGAAAGGAGAGAAAGGGUUGUAUAGUGUGGGCUUUACAAGGAAAGGGCUCUUAGGAACUACAGUGGACGCCAAUAAAAUAGCUAAAGACAUUGCUGAUCAAUAUAAGGCCUUCAAGGAAGCUAAGAUUACUACCUGCAAUACCGAUAUUGUUCUACACAAAAAAAUCAUGAAAAAAAAAGAAGCAACUUAAAAUUCUCUCAUAUCAGGAGGUUCCAUUCCUUUCAAGCAGAUGUGUUGGAGAUUUUCGUCUUUGUUCUUCAUUUUUUUUUUCUCUGUAAAUUACCCAAUUUUGCAUGGGGUCUCCGUCACCAGCUUAUCACAUGUUUGAUGAAUGGUUCCCAGGCAAGGCUGUAUGAUAGAAAUUUUCAAAUAUAGAGAAAAUUCCCUUUUGCUCA